AUGUCGGAUGGAAUAGCUCCUAUGGCAGAAAAUGAUACACAGCAUAAAUUAGCUGGUCAAUACAGCAUUUCUACCGAUUUGAAGGCCAAAAUAGCCUCUGAUUUAAUCGAGAAUGACGAUGAAUUUGCUAAGGAUGAACUUCAAAAAAGAAUGGAGAGUAGAUCUGUUUAUUCCAAAGCAGAUGAAUACCAUAGGAAACGAUUGGUUGGUAGGCAGGAUAGUACAAAUGAUGAUCUGCAGAAGAAAAAAUCAAAAUCAAGAUGGGAUGUUCAAAGCUACACUCUCCCGGACGAAUCGCAGACACUGGAAAGUGAUGUAGUGGAGGUGCUAACUGCCAGCAUACCAUGUGCCGAAAACUUAAGGUACUUUAAGGAAUCCGAUCGGCUGCUUUUUGCACAAACCUUGGAUAAGAAAUCGAUAGAUGAUUUGAGUCCCGAAGAGAAGUCCAAAAGAACGUUGUUAUUACUGCUGUUGAAAAUCAAGAAUGGUAGUACAUCCGCCAGAAAGAUUGCAAUGAAACAAUUGACUAAUAAGGUUUUUGACUUCAGUCCCCAAUUGAUAUUCGACUGCAUUUUACCGAUUCUUCUUGAUAAAACUUUAGAAGAUCAUGAAAGAUACCUGAUGAUCAAAGUCAUGGACCGUGUCUUAUAUCGCUUAGGUCCAACUGUCAAACCGUUUGUAAAAAGUAUCCUUGUUGUCAUUUCCCCCUUGCUGAUUGAUGAAGACGAAGUUGCGCGUACCACUGGUCAGGAGGUUAUCACAAAUCUAGCCUCUGCUACGGGUAUGGCGACCAUGCUACUGGCAAUUAGACCUGAUAUAGACAAUGAAGAUGAGUACAUCAGGAAUAUGGCCGCGAGGACAUUUGCCGUUGUUUCAAAAGCACUAGGUGUGAAACAAUUAUUACCAUUCAUAAAUGCUGUGUGCCACUCGAAUAAAUCCUGGAGAGCUCGCCAUACUGGUGUACGAAUGGUACAGCAAAUAGCAAUUUUGUUGGGGCCAGGAAUUCUACGGAACCUGCCUGCCCUAAUCCAAUGCAUCAAAGAUGGGUUAACAGAUGAGCAUACACCGGUAAAAAUGAUGACCGCCAACACAUUGACAACAUUAGCUCAAAAUUCCUACCUUUACGGUAUUGAAGCAUUCAACAUUAUACUUGAACCGCUUUGGAAAGGGAUACGGCGGCAUAGAGGAAAACUAUUAUCGUCAUUUUUGAAAUGCCUCGCAGGAAUUAUUCCUUUAAUGGAUCCAGAAUAUGCUGGUUACUAUACACAUGAGUUGAUGACGAUUAUUCAACGUAACUUCAACUCUCCAGAUGAUGAAAUGAAGAAAACUGUCUUGAUCGUUUUACAGAAAUGUGUGAGGAUUGAAAACGUCACACCUGAAUUUUUGAGGGAAAGUGUGGCACCGUCGUUUUUUCAAAACUUCUGGAUCCGUCGUAUUGCUUUGGAUAGGCACCUGAAUAAGAUGGUAGUCUAUACUACUGUUAUUUUAUCAGAAAAACUAGGUUGCUCAUAUGUGAUCGAUAGGCUACUAGGGCCCUUGAAGGAUGAGGCUGAGCCAUUUAGAGUAAUGGCAUUGCAUGGGGUCAACCGUGCCGUGAAACUUCUGGGCACGGAUGAUCUGGACGAUAGACAAGAAGCGAGGUUAGUAGAUGCUUUGUUGAUUGCAUUCCAAGACCAAGACUCUGAUGAUCCAGUCAUCUUUAGGGGUUUUGGAACAGUCGCAUCAUCUUUGAACACAAGAAUGAAACCUUUUUUGUCACCAAUUAUCAGCACAAUUUUGAACCAACUGAAGCAUAAAUCUCAAACAAUCAGACAGAACGCUGCUGAUCUGUGCACUGUUAUGAUCCCAAUUUUGAAAAACUGUAAAGAAAUGGAAAUCUUGAAUAAACUGAACAUUAUUUUGUACGAAUCACUGGGCGAAGUAUACCCUGAAGUUCUGGGCUCCAUAAUCAAGUGUAUGAGCUCGAUAAUAGCGGUUGUAAAACUGGAUAAAUUACAACCCCCCGUUAACCAGAUUUUACCAACUCUUACCCCAAUUUUACGAAACAAACAUCCGAAGGUCCAAAUAAACGUGAUAAGACUGAUAGGAAAUGUUGCUGAAAGAGGGUCUACUUAUGUAGCCCCCAAAGAGUGGAUGAGGAUAUGCUUUGCUCUUUUAGAAAUGUUGAAAAGUCCUAAAAAAAGGAUCUUAAGAACAGCAAAUGAUACUUUUGGAUAUAUUGCGAAGGCAAUCGGACCCCAAGACAUUCUCGUUGUACUUCUAAACAAUUUGAAAAUACAAGAGCGUCAAUCUCGUGUUUCGACAGCAGUCGCCAUAGGUAUAGUUGCAGAGACAUGUGGCCCAUAUACCGUUAUUCCAGCCCUUAUGAAUGAAUACAAAACUCCAGAUACAAACGUUAAAAACGGUAUCCUAAAGGCUAUGACAUUUAUGUUUGAAUACAUUGGACCGUUGUCACAGGAUCAUAUCUACUUAAUAACACCACUAUUAGAGGAUGCCCUCACAGAUAGAGAUCUUGUCCAUAGACAGACAGCGGCCACUGUCGUAAAACACCUUGCUCUGCACUGUGCUGGAACAGGCACCGAGGAUGCAUUUAUUCAUUUGCUGAAUUUGCUUAUGCCAAACAUUUACGAAACAUCUCCACAUGUCAUUGUCAGAAUUCUGGAGAGUUUGGAGGCAGUCAGUUAUGCUGUUGGUACUGGCCCUUUCAUGAAUUACGUUUGGGCAGGACUAUUCCAUCCUGCUAAGAAAGUUCGCAAGGCAUUUUGGAAGCUUUACAAUAACAUUUAUAUCCAACAAGUGGAUGCUAUGGUGCCCUACUAUCCAAUUGAUACCAAUGAGGACAGCAUGUUUCUACCGUUUAAUCACGUUCUUUAA